AUGGUCGAACUCAGUAUUUCAAGAAUUGCUGCCGAUUUUAUUGUUUUAACACUUUGUGCUAUACCAUUGUUAAUAUUUCACAAAUGGGUUGAACCAUACAAACGUGGUUUUUAUUGUGAUGAUGAAACAAUUCGAUAUCCGUAUCGACCAUCUACCGUUUCUCGACAUAUGCUUAUUGUUAUCGGUCUAGUUGUACCGGCAGUUCUUAUUAUAUCAACGGAAACAUUUCGUGCACUAACAUGGGAACGAAAAUGUAGAAACGAAUUUUUGCAUUACCAGUGCCGGCGACAUACUGUACCACGUAUCAUUGUUCGUCUUUAUGUUUUCUUUGGAUAUUUUCUUGUUGGUGUCAUUUUCAAUCAAUUAAUGGUCGAUAUAGCGAAAUAUACUAUCGGGCGGCAUAGGCCUCAUUUUAUAGCAAUUUGCAAGCCAAAGCACAUGGAAAUUCAGCAUCUCGCUAUUAGUGGAUCACAUAUUAAUCGUACCUAG